UCAGAGUAACUUCACUGAGUGACACGUCCAGGCACAGGUACGCGCGCAGGAGCAAGGUUCCUAGGCUCGUGGGCGCGCGUGAGUGGAAGAGACGGACAAAGCGCGCGCACGCCUCCCUGCCCGAGCGCCUCUCCGCGGUGCGGAGGAAUACCGUGAGCCUCGCAGCGGUGCUUCGUCUCGCCUGCCCUCCUCCAGCCAGGCUCAUUCAGAGGCAGCCGUCCAUUUCCUCCUGUAGCAUUAGCGCACCGACGUCUCCAGCUCUCACAGACAUGGCUGACCAACUAACAGAGGAGCAGAUUGCAGAGUUCAAGGAGGCCUUCUCCCUGUUUGACAAGGACGGAGAUGGUACCAUCACCACUAAGGAGCUAGGCACAGUCAUGAGGUCACUGGGUCAAAACCCAACUGAGGCUGAACUCCAGGACAUGAUCAAUGAGGUGGACGCAGAUGGUAACGGGACCAUUGAUUUCCCUGAGUUCCUGACGAUGAUGGCGAGGAAGAUGAAGGACACUGACAGUGAGGAGGAGAUCAGGGAGGCAUUCAGGGUCUUCGAUAAGGAUGGCAAUGGUUACAUUAGUGCGGCAGAGCUGCGUCACGUAAUGACCAACCUGGGAGAGAAGCUGACAGACGAGGAAGUAGACGAGAUGAUCAGAGAAGCCGACAUUGAUGGAGACGGACAGGUCAACUAUGAAGAAUUUGUUCAGAUGAUGACCGCCAAAUGAACUGGGCUCUCACAUCAAAGAUUCAGAAUCAGUCAAAUGUUUCACUUACCUCUUACUGCAAAAAUCUACAUUUAUUCAUACUGUUCUGUAUAGACAACUUAAACUGGAUGUUGGAAAACUGAAAAUUUGUCCAUAUAAACAAGCUCAAAUAAGUUAAAAGACGAAAAGAAAAAACCCUAAAUGAAUCUGCAUGUACUGGCUUGUAUUCCCCCUCCCCCCUCCCCCAGCACUGAGCUGCCCAAUCAGAUCUCAACCAAGCAGCCCCUCCACAGCCGGCUGGUUUGGCCUCCGCUCUCCUGCUUCCUGGUUCCAUCUGCCUGACGUCAUGAUAAUUAUUUGGGCUGGCCAAUCGCCUUUCUUCUACGACUUUCUGUUUUCUUUCUUUCUGUUCUUCAUGCAUGCAGCUUUAGAUGGGUUUACUGUCAAGAGCCCAAACGCAGAGGGCUGUUGUCGGGCCUCAGGUCGACCUGGGACCCACUGAGAGGAGGAAGGGGAGGGGUCAGGUAACAGAUGGAUGGGAGUGAGUGAACCAGCGGAACCUGCAGUUUGCUUACCUAAAUGAAGUCCGUGACGACAGAGAUAUUUUUAAGAAAAAUAUUAAAAUGGAAUAAAUAAGAACUAAUUUUAGAUUCUGUGUUUCUGGCAUGUCAGGAUACUCGCUUUAUCCUUUGUGUGUUUACCUUUUUUGAGGGUGAGGCCUUGGUGGGGCAUAGAUUUUAACUCCUCGGGUGGUGGGUGUGUCCUAGACUUUUGGAGGGGUUGGGUGGGCUUUAAAAGUGAUGCACAAUAGCAAUGUUUGGGGCAAUUACAUUCCCAUGAGUGUACUUUUUUUCAAAGGUGGAGAUUUAAAAAAAACGAUUAAGAAGUUUGAAGUCAGUAGUGAACUAAAAUCAGGUUAUUCCUUCCUGAAGCGUGCUCAGGUAGAGUAUAUUGCCUCCAACAUUGCGUGCAUGUCAUUCAACGGGGGGGUUAAUUUCAGUUUAGUGGGGGCAGGGUCGGUGCUUAGCAGCAUUUCUAUCUCGUGUUUGUGUAUGAGUUGGCGUGCGUGAGUGUCUGUGUGUGUGAGAGAGAGAGUGGGUGCGGCGAGGCCCGGCCCAGUCCGACUGUUCUGUUCAGUUCAGUUGAUCUGCAUUCCAAGUUGUACAUGCUAGUCUUUACAUUUUGUUUUUCCAAUAAAAAACCAUGAACUAAGA